AUGAGGAUACUUCUGGUCGUUUUGCUAUUAAGCGCGCAAAUUUGGGCCCAGGUUACCGUACAAACUCCGCUGGGCUCCGUUACGGGCAUCCACGUCGACUACGGGACCAACCAAUCGGCACUCUGGUACGGCCAGGCCGACAUUUUCCUCGGCAUCCCAUUUGCCGAGCCACCAGUUGGCGAUAAGAGAUUUCAGUUUCCAAGCCCCAUCAGCAGCUAUCCGAAUGGGACUGUUAAUGAGAGUGGAUUCAAGCCAGCCUGCGUUCAGCCUGACUCUGGAACUUGCUCCCCCCAAGGCGAAGACUGUCUGUAUUUGAAUGUGUUUACGCCCCAGGCGAACAGCCCGCAGAAGUACCCGGUGAUGGUCUGGAUCCACGGCGGAUCAUUUGCCGGCGGAUGUGCCGCCCAGUUUCCUUACAAGGCUACAAGCGCCCAAAAGUACCCGGUGAUGGUCUGGAUUCAUGGGGGUGCAUUUUCACUUGGAUGUGCACAGCAGUUUCCGGUUAAGGGCGCCGUGCGUAACUUGGUGUCGCGCGGAGUUGUCGUCGUCACCAUCCAGUACCGUCUGAACAUCCCCGGCUUCUUCACCACCAGCACCGACGAGUUUCCGGCGAAUCGCGGAAUGCUUGAUCAGAUCGAGGCCCUGAAAUGGGUGCAAAACAACAUCCAAUACUUUGGCGGUAAUCCAUAUUCGGUCACGAUUUUUGGGCAGUCGGCUGGCAGCAUUUCCGCUUCUGCGCAUACUUAUUCUCCACUUUCUAGAGGGCUCUUCCAAAAGGCCAUCUCCCAAUCCGGUGCAAUUUUCACGUCAUUGGAGGGCUCGCUUGGGACUUUGGAUUUAAGUCAGCAACGCGCUAUGCAGCUGUGCAACUUCACGCAAGCCGAUUGGGAUGGAAAACAAUGGGACAAACUGAAGACCUGUUUCGCUACCAUGAAUCCGGAUAAAUGGAGAAAUAUGGAUGCGGGCACCCUUUUCGGGUGGCGCAUGUUGCAAGACAACUAUUUCCUACCGGACACCCCGGAAAAUAUGAACGUCGACCGGCCAUUGAUUCCGAUUAUGCUUGGCAAUAUGCACGAUGAAUUUGCCAGUACCUGGUAUUACCAAAUGUCAGCCGGCGUCACGUUCGAUACAUUCUCGCGGGCGUUUGUCAAAAAGGUUUUCGACGAUGUUGCGACAAUUUUUGGUGCUCGGGCAGCGGAUGUCUGGAACGUUAUUACAAAAAGCUAUCUAAAAGCUGGCGCCACUGACAGCGAUUCCGUAUCCUGGUUCAGAAACAGUACCACGUUCUUCACCGCGGCUUCUUUCACCCAAUUAAUCGUCAAAGAAAUUGAACUCUGGCGGGAGCGAGGGAAUCCGCAGGUGUACGUCUACCAGCAAACCUACGGAUCCAAGCUGUCCCACUGGGGUCAGGGCAGUAUCGUCGCACCGCGAUUGGAUGGGUAUAUACCCGUCCCCCACUCCGCCGAGCUGCCCUUCAUCUGGAUGUACGAGGGCGAUUGGGAGACGGCCAUCUCCCGAAACCUCACCGACCCGUUCGACUUCCAGCUGGGUGAUUGGUACGGGGAGACGUGGACCAAUUUCGCCAAGUACAGCCGCCCAACCCUUGACGACAGCUGGCCACCAAUGUCCAAGACGGUGUCGCACUUUAACAUUGGAAAGCCGUCGGAUGGUGGAAUGAGGGUCGUGCCGGACUAUCGGGAAACUGACCGGAUCGUUUUCGCAAACGCGAUCGAUCAGCUCCUCAAAAUGAUGCCCUCGCAACCCAUCCGCGAGCAGGACAUGAAGCUGAAAGGGGCCUGGGGUGCCAAUAGA